UCCGCUAUUUGUUUUCGCCAAGACCGUCUGCCUUUUUGUUCAGGAUCGAGAAUGUGGUAAUCCUAAAACGCAGCUGGACAAGAUACUGCGGUAUCAGACGAUGGGGUAGGAGUUUCGGCUUCACGCCAUGUAUCUCCCGAUUCUAAACCAAAUGCUUAUAAAACGCACCAAUUCGGGAUUCAUCCCGCGUGCUAGUGAGGAACAAGAGGCGAUAGUGAAAGAGUUCCGCGAGAUUGUUGGCACGCUCGUAAUCCUCGCCGAUCCUCUACCGGUUAAGUCACUUGCUGGUCUGCUUGGAAUUGAGGAACAAGUUAUCGGCCAUAGGCUCAGCCUGUUCAAUUCGGUCCUGAACAUUCCGUCCGACCUAACCGCGCCGGUCAAAACACUCCACCUAUCGUUCCGCGACUUCCUCGUCGACCCUAAGAACCGGGCCACCAACCCGUCCUGGGUCGACGAGGAAAUGACCUACAAGAAGCUAGUAGCCAAAUGCCUCGAGCUGCUGAGAGACUGCCUCCAAGAAGACAUCUGCAGCCUACAGAGGCCUGGGAAAUCUCGAGCAGAGGUCGACAGACAAAUUUUCCUUAAGCACUUGCCGUCUGAGAUUCAAUACGCGUGUCUCUACUGGGUCUAUCACUUGAAGCGGAACAGGCGCACAGUCCGAGACGGAGAUCAAGUACACCAUUUUCUCACGCGUUACCUCCUCUACUGGCUUAAAGUAUUGAGUCUCAUGGGUAGGAUAUCAGAAAGCAUAGGAUUAAUAGACGACUUACAGAGUGUAACGGAUGUAAGUUAGCCACCGAUGCCGUACGCUAGCGCUCGCUGACGAAUCAUCCAGCCGGAAACAGGCGUCAAUAUCUCGAAAUUCCUUCAUAAUGCAAAGCGUUUCAUCUUCAACUGUCGCUCAGUGA